UCAAAGAAUUUUUAUAUUUAAUCAAUUUCAGAACUGAAUAUGGAGUGUGUGUGAUUGUGGAUUGUUCAGUGAAAUACUAAUUUCAAAAUGGACAAAACAAAGAGAACAGAACCCAAAGAAUGUUGCUCCGCUAGAAAUGUUUUGUGGUACUUGACCUUUACAGGGUUCGCCAUCAACUAUAUGAUGAGGCUGAAUUUAAAUAUUGCUAUAGUGUCAAUGGUGCAACCAAAACCAAAGAACAAUAUAUCAUUAACUAGUGAGUGCAUAAUAGAAAGUGAUUCGUUGAACAAUGGUACUAUAUUAAGCAGUAUUUUAAGGAAUGAAGCUGUGGUCAAUUCAUCGGAAAUCAUAAACGUAACUUCCGUUAAAUCACCUGGGAAUUUUUCCAAUAGUGAAUAUCGUCGAUUCGAUUGGAAUGAAAAAGAGCAGGGAUACAUUCUAGGCAGUUACUUCUGGUUUCACUGGCUAACGCAGAUUCCCGGUGGUCUCCUAGCAACCAAGUACGGAACCAAAAAGGUUUUUGGAUUGGCAAAUCUCAUGGGAAUACUCGGAUGCCUCAUCAUUCCUUGGUUCGCCUACAGGGGGUCCAAGUUUCUCAUCUUCAUAAGAUGUAUCCAGGGAAUGUUAUGUGGAUUCGCUUGGCCGUCUAUGCAUAACCUAACGGCGAAUUGGAUACCACCAAACGAAAGGAGCAGAUUCGUGUCAGCUUACUUGGGUAGUUCCGUGGGCGCCGCUCUUACUUAUCCCCUUUGCGGUUUCAUCAUAGACAGAUGGGGAUGGGAAAUGGUAUUUUACGUUUGUGCCAUGCUUGGGGCCACUUGGUUCAUAGCUUGGUGGUGUCUGGUGUACGACAGUCCCAAAGAUCAUCCAAGGAUAUCAGAGGCUGAAAAAGAAUAUAUUUUGAGCAGUUUGGCAGUGAGCAAUGCCAAGAAACACAUAUCCAUACCAUGGAAAUGUAUUCUUACUGAUAUUACAGUAUGGAUGAACUCUUUGGCCCAAAUUGGUGGAUGCUGGGGCAUCUUCACACUUAUUACAAACGGUCCCACUUACUUCAAGUUUGUUCAUGGAUGGAGCGUACAAGCAACAGGAAUUCUGUCUGGUCUUCCUCAUGUCUUCAGGAUGCUUUGGUCCUACAUUUUUUCUAUGUUUGGGGAUUAUUUACUAAGAUCCAACAUGAUGUCUAGAACGAAUGUAAGGAAAUUUGCAACCUUUAUCUGUUGUGGCAUUCAGGGGCUUUUCAUGCUAGGUCUGGCUUACUCUGGAUGUAAUCGGAAUGCAGCAAUUAUUUUCCUCACACUAGCCGUUGCAUCAAAUGGAGCUGUAUCCACUGGACCAUUAGCAAGUAUGGUCGAUACUACACCCAAUUAUGCAAUUAUAGUUACGCCGAUAUCAUAUGCUGUGAAGGUCGUAACGGAAUGA